CUUAAGGAAGAAGGAGGAGGAAAGGGGGAAAGAAAGAAGGGAUUGAAAUUUCCCCCCCUGUUUUAAAGAGAAAAAAACCUGUGAACAGCAGCUGCUAUAUUAUGUACAAGGGGGUGUGGGCGGGCUGGCAGUGGCUCUGUCUGCAAAUCUCCCUUGGACAACCGCGGAGGGAGGGCCAAAUUUUGGAAUUGCACAGGCUUAGGCAGGCAGCCCUUUUCGCCCAUCUCCUCUCCCCCCCCCUACAAAGUUCGACAGGUUUGCUGAUUGUUAAGGGAAAUUACGCCACUUGGUUGCGUUCCAUGCAUACUUUGGCAUGAUUUUUCGUUCCAUACGCUACUGGUCUUGCGAUUAUUGAAAAUGACUAUACU